AUGAGCAAAGCGGUAACAAUGCUCCUUCUGGCACUCGUUGCCUCCAUCGUUCUCGUCUCCGUCGAGUCUCGUGUCUUCCACAACCGAUUCGACGGUGGACUCUCCGAUCGUUUCGUCGAGGAGAAGAGAGACAAUGCCGACGCAUCGUUCGACUACGACGCAAACCAAAUCAUCCGCAACACGAUGAAGCGCAAUCGUCAAUGCCUUCUCAACGCGGGACUCUCCCAAGGAUGCGAUCUGUCGGACCUUCUUCAAUCCCAGACUCAAGCUCGUAAAUUCAUGAGCUUCGCCGGACCAGGAAAGUGA